AACAAUUAAGUUUUCGCAUCACUAACAUGGCACCAUCUUACUUUCUCUCCCUAAAGAGAUUCAUCAAACAAAAGACUGGAAUUAUAAAAAAUAUAAAAUAAAACAAAGAUAUUGUAUUUACGACCACCAAGAAAGCUGAUGAUCGGUGAAAACUCGACCAUUUGUGAAAGUCAAUCGGAAAAAUAUUCAUUAGACAUGGCUAUUGAUAUCCAAACCAUUGAAAGAAGGUACAUUGUUUCGUGCCAUCAGCAAGGGAUUCCACCGAAUAAAUCAAUUUUGUUGGCAUUGUUUAAGGCUAAGGUCAAGAAAAGCCAUCAUGAGGUUUGUAACCUUGUAAUAUGCAUGGAUGAUGUGAAGGAUGUAGAUUUUAAUCCACUUGUUAGAUUACUUAUGGAAAUUGAUGAGUCUGAGAUCAACGGAGUCGACAUAAUUCAGAGAUCAUCAUGCUUCAUGAGUGCAGAAAAUGUUCUUUUCUUGCUGCACAUAAUCAGGAAAAAACUUCGAGUUGUUGAUCUGCUCGACAUGUCCUUUGGGAAGAAAUUCUUGUUGGAUAUAUCGCAGAGAGGGUUGACAUGCCAAGUUUUAAAUUUGAGGUCUUCCCAUUUCCGGAAGCUCAAUAUGAUUGGGAAUUUUAUGCAGAUGCAUACACUCAACCUUGAUUUCAGUACUUCACUUUCUAGCUUUCAAGAGAGUUGUUUCACUUGCAUGCCUAAACUAAGAUGCCUCUCAUUGUGUGAAACAAGGGUUUCUAAUCUUUGGACAACCAGUGCAGCACUAAAUAAACUCACUUCCUUAAUUGAACUCCGAUUUCAGAACAGCUUGUGUGUUGAUGACAUAGCAGGUUCUUGUCAGGGAUCAUCUGGUGGGGAUGUAGAAUACUCUGUUGUUUCAGGCCAUCUGGAAAAUGUCCUACCAGCACAUGACGGAGAAAGCUAUGAUCAUUAUUUCAGUGCAGAUGGGGAUAUGGACUUAUUUCCAGUGGAUUUGUCUGAUUUUCAACGUGAACUGCAUAGUACUCCGGAGAACCUAUCAGAUGAAAGCGAAGGGGAAUUUUCAGGUUGGGAUGAGCAUUUCAGUUUAUCUGAUCUCUUUACUGAUCCUCUUCCUGUGUGGAAUGAAAUGAUUGAUUCAGAAAGUCAGAGUACAUCUUUUGGCCCGUAUGAAAUGCAAAUUGAAGAGGAUGCUUCCGCAGUUUCGUCCAGUUCGAGGAACAUUUCAUAUACCCCUCCCACGAAGUAUAUCUCUAGUCAUCCUUCACCAAUUUGCUUUGAAAAACACUAUAGAGAGUACAUGAUAGCCGCAUUACCUAAUUUAAAAGUUCUUGAUAAUUUGCCGAUCAGAAAGAUAGACAGGGACACAGCAAAUAUUAUUUUUUCAGAAAAUUUUGAGUAUCUACCAUACAAAAGGAAGAAUGAAGAGAGUCUGGUUAGUAUCUUACAAAAUCGUGAAAUGGCAGCAAGCAGUAGUUUUUCCCACAGAUGUAAAAGAAGGCCGUUUUACGCCUCAGGAAAUUCUCAGUACAUGUAUUCCAGGUCCCUUUGUGCUGCCAAAUUAGGUUCAUCUGCUUGGCCUUUCUUGCGCCCUCUUUCUAUAUCAGGCAAGGUAUCCGCAGAUGAUAGGACAUUUCGUCCUCGACAGUUUGAGUACCAUCCAUCUAACUCUAGCCUUAUGGUUUUUGGGACGUUGGAUGGUGAAGUAGUUGCUGUGAACCAUGAAAGCGAGAAGAUUGUUAGCUACAUUCCAUCCCUGGGAGCAAUGAAUAGUGUCCUUGGACUGUCUUGGCUCAAGAAGUAUCCUUCUAAGCUGAUUGCUGGUUCUGAUAAUGGAUCCCUGAAGUUAUAUGAUAUUCGGCAUACACCUUCGACGACCACAGGCAUCUAUCACAAUGUUAGUUCUGUUAGCUAUGUUGAGUUCGACCAGUUAACAUCUGUACACGUCAAUUCAACAGACGAACUGUUUCUUGCAAGUGGGUACUCUAAAGAUGUUGCUUUGUAUGACAUCAGCAGCGGAAAACGCAUCCAGGUGUUCUCUGAUAUGCACCGCCAGCAUAUUAAUGUUGUUAAGUUUGCAAACCACUCCCCUUCCCUUUUUGCCACUUCGUCUUUUGAUCAGGAUAUCAAAAUGUGGGAUCUAAGGCAAAAACCAGUGCAGCCUUGCUAUACAACUUCAAGUUGUCGAGGAAAUGUUAUGGUUUGCUUUUCUCCAGACGAUCACUAUCUCCUUGCAUCUGCUAUUGAUAACGAGGUAAAACAAUUUUUGGCUGUUGACGGAAGGCUUCAUCUGGACUUUGGAAUAGCUUCAACCGGAAGCACCCAAAAUUACACUCGUUCUUAUUACAUGAAUGGUAGAGACUAUGUUAUAAGUGGAAGUUGUGAUGAAAAUGUAGUCCGCAUUUGUUGUGCUCAAACAGGAAGAAGACUCAGGGAUAUAACUUUCAAUGGCAAAGGGUCGAGGACCUCAAUGUUUGUGCAAUCUUUGAGGAGCGAUCCUUACAGAGAUUUCAACAUGAGUAUAUUGGCAGCAUAUUCGCGUCCAGGAUCUAACUCUGAAAUUCUCAAGGUAAACUUGCUAGCAUCCAGUGACUAUGAUAAAGAGUACUUGUGCAAAGAGAAGCGUGUCCAGUCUUGCAGUAUGGGGGGUUAAUGCAUGUACAUAUUUCUGUACCAAAAGGCCUUGCUGUAGAAGUGUAGUGUAAUGAAAGGACUUGUUUGGUUCUGUAGUUUGUAUGGUUACUACCUACCCACGCGCAAGUACACUUCUUUAAAUUAGUCCGGGCUUGUGAAAAUGAGAGGAAGCAUUAUGAAAAUCAAUACUUGAUCUGAUAUCAUGACAGAUUUUCUUCAUCCUGGAUCAAGUUCUCAUAGGUUGAAAUAGGUGUACCAAGGUACUAUCUGUUGUCAACCUGCUACUGUACAGUAACUAGAAGUAAAAUUAUGGACAGAUCUGUCAAAAAUUGUAAUUCAAGUUAGUAUUAUUGUAUGAUAAAGGGGAAGCCUUUCUUUUA